CGCAAGGCAGCAGAAGUGCCCAAGGUGGUGCCUGGUGAUCUGCGGGCAGCAGCCUCUUCCAUGCCACAUUCAAGUGGCCAGUGCCGAAGGCGCCCAGGACUCUUUCUCCUUUCAUAGCAACCAGCGUCUCAGAUGGCUUUCAAGGGCCCCCUUGGGUGCCUGCUUUUCAGUGUGCUGAUGAGCCAGUUUUCAAAAGGAAUGGAAGGUGCUGAGGAGCCGCCGUUACAGGUGUACCAGCCAAAGGAUCCUAUCUCAGUACAAAUCGGAGAGGAUCUUACACUGGAAUGCCGGGUGACUGGGAAGGGUCCGCCAGGACCUGUGAGGUGGUUCCUGAGAGAAGGUCCCACAAAGAAGGUUAUCUAUGCAGGUGCUGGACGUUUUGAGAGAGUAACAAGAAAUAAUGAAAAUUCCAAUGAAGAUUUCACCGUUGUCAUCCGUAAUGUUACCUGGGAGGAUGCUGGUAUUUAUUACUGUGGGAAGGUAAAGUCACAAUCUGGAAGAGAAGACAUCAUAUUACUUGGGAGUGGAACUGAGGUGGUUGUGACAGAUUCGUCACCACCUCCCAAAACCAUCCCAUUGGUUGCCGGGGUGAGCAUCCUCCUCCUCGCUGUCUUGCUCCUCGUGGCAGUUUACAUCUACGUAAAGAAGAGGAGAGGCAGAAACCAAGAAACCUCAAGGCCUGAAGCUCCCACCCGAGAGAACACAAGACUUCCUAAACAGGGUGUUGUCAAUAAUGAGAUUGUCUAUGCAGACCUGAAGGAUCCCAGCGGCCUGCGGAGACCUAAGCAAAGGAAGACAGAGGAGCAUUCAGAAUACGCCACUGUCCGGGUAGCUUAGUCUGUGGCUGCGUGAGGACACUUUCCUGCCUGGACUCAAAAACCACCGACCAGAGAUGAAACUCCAUCAAACAGAACCUACCAUGCAAAUGAAAGAAAUCUGGGUGUGCCGCAUGAAUUCUGGCCGGGAGGCGUGGCUCACCCUCCCUAUUUGAUCUGGCUGUUUUUGCAAGAAGUUUGAAAGAAAAGGCUGUUUCUUUUUUUCAUUUGUGCAGGAAGACAGGCAUCACUCUCUGGACAUUGCACAGCACUCAGGGACACUGGAAAUGGAUUUAUACUGAGUCAGUCCACUGGUCCAUUUAGCUCAGUAGUGUCCACACUGACUGGCAGCAGCUGUCCUGCAGGAUUUCAGACGGUGCCAACUGGAGAUGUGAUGAGGAAUUGAACUAUGGUCCUCAUGCAAAGCGGAUACUCUCUACCAUGAAGCUAAAAUCCUUCCACCCUUGAUGAGGCAGAGCAGCCCCUUGGAUUCUUAACAGAAAAACAGAGCAUUGCAACUAAACCCACCAGGUUUGGCCCAUCCAUUAAUAGUUACAGGUAGGUAGCCCUGUUGGUCUGCCGUAGUCGAAACAAAAUAAGAAAAUUCCUUCCAGUAGCACCUUAGAGACCAACUAAGUUUGUCAUUGGUGUGAGCUUUCGAGUCCAUGCAACACUUCUUCAGAUACCAUUAAUAUAAUAAUAUUCUUCAGAUACCAUUAAAUUCAGAUACCAUCCAUUAAUAGUUAACUAAUUUGAUUACCAGGCAAGCAAAGACACGUGUGUGCUAGGGUUGUUUCUCUAGGAGGCUGAUGGAGAGACACGCGUGUUUUCUGAUGCACGCAGGAAGCCGCAUCAUGGCAGAGACCAAGGGAAGGCGGAGCAAAGGCAAUUUUGAAUUCUUUUCUCUUUUGCAGCGAAGUGUAACCCUCGCUCCGCGCAGGGAGCCUGUCAGCGGCAACGGCAACCGUCUAACUCCCCUAUCCGCCUCCCUUUAAUAUACUGGCAAAUGUUUCCUGCAGAACAGGUUCCGUUUCAAAUGCGCCUCCACGCCCGUUUUUGCUAACUAGCUGAGUGGCAGGACAGCAGCAAAAGAGGGAGCCGGGCGCGCUGGUCGGAUUGAGUUUUUGGCACUGUUGUAAGAGCCAUUUCAAUAAAACAACAACAUCUUUUUGUUACGUGACACUUGCAAUCCCAGGUCAGCCGUGGCUUCCUUCCUUCGCCUUCGAGUGAUCCCUGCCGUUCAGAGCACGCAAUCUCCGGCUCAUCCGCUAUCCUCCUGCCUGCGUUCAGGGGCAGUGGCUUCUUCGCCUCUUAAGCGCCUUAAAAUUGUCUCCAGAUAACACGGCCUUCCUUGCAAGUUGCUUUUCUCCGCCCCCACCCCUACCCCCGGGGCUUCUCCUCUCACCGCUAGCGGCCCCGAUGAUCCCCCCUCCGUUUGCGAUCUGCUUCGCGUUCAGGGCAGCAGGUGGCGAGGGAGGGCUGCGCGCUUUUUAGUUUGUGAAAGGGAAGGAUCCCCAAAGACCAUCUGCUCCACCACACGACCCUUGCCGAAAAGGCAGAGCCACACAGGGAGCUGCCUUAUACCGAGUCAGACCUUUGGUCUAUCCAAACCGUUAUUGUCUGCACUGACUGGCAGCUGCUAUCCAGGGUCUUGCCCAGCACGGGUCUCACCCAGCCGGAGAUGCCCAGGGCGCGGUUCGUGGUUCCCAGUUCCUUAUUUGCACACAACGCAGACGCUCUUGAGAAAAACGGAGAGGUAGUAUCCUAUGUGAGUAAUUUCGUUAUGAGUAAUUUUGUUGUUCCCGCAAGGGGACAAUGACAAUAAAGAUAUCUUAUCUUAUCUAUGUUUCCCAAAGUGUGGCAUGCAUUCCCCAGAGGGUAUAGGAAAGGGUUUCAAAGGGUACACAGCAGAAUAAUAAUAAUAAUAAUAAUAAUAAUAAUAAUAAUAAUAAUAAUACCUAAUAUGCACGGAG